AUGAAGAGUAGUAACAAUCCACAUAGGUCGGUGUUGUCGACAACUUCGCCGGCCAAAUUGAACGUAAUUUCAGAACGUCGACCAGGAGAUGGGAAAGUGAAUAAAUUAUCACUAACCAGAACCAGUUCAUUAGACAUAAGACCAGGUAGACCUCAGUUUGGUAGACCCACAUUUCCGAAGGGGACCAGACCACAGUUGCUAAGACGUAACUCAUCUUUUUUCAAAUGUAAUGAAUUUACCAAGGAGGAAGAUGAUGAUGAUGACAAUAAUAAUAAUAAUGAUAAUGAUGAGGCCUUACCGAGUGGGACAGGAGAUAGAUUUAUUCCGCUGUUACAGAACGGUAUACAGUCAAGGAUUGACCAUAGAGAGUUAAAGGAAGAAUUACCUCCACCAGAUGCAUCUCCAGUGACCCAUUUACGUGCCCAGAAGAAAUGUGUCUUCAAGACCCAAGUGGCGCAAGCAUGUGGACUUAAUGUUAACGAACGUAUAUUACAAUAUUUACCACAACCACCAGUGGCGAAAUUUAAAAGAUAUGAGAUGAAAUCAAGAUCUCAAUUUAGAUUUGAUAGUAACGAUAAUGAAUCACCAAUAUUAUUAAAAUUACGUAAGAUUGGAACCAAUCCAGAAAGAAUUCUUGAUGCUCCAGGAUUUCAAGAUGAUUUUUAUUUAAAUUUAUUAAGUUGGUCAAGACGGAAUGUUUUGGCCAUUGCUUUGGAGUCGUCCUUAUAUCUGUGGAACGCUACAUCAGGACAAGUGUCUUUAUUAAUGGAACUUGAAGGUGUAUUAAUAACAAGUGUUACAUGGUCUGAUGACGAUUGUCAUAUUUCUAUCGGGACAGAUAAUGGUACUACACAAGUUUGGGAUACAGAAACUUCAUCGAAGGUUAGAACAAUGAGAUCAGGAUUAGGUGUAAGGAUAGGUUCUCAAUCGUGGUUAGAGACCUUAAUUGCCACGGGAUCCCGGUCUGGGGAGAUACAAAUCAAUGACGUAAGAGUACGUGAUCAUAUCGUGAGUCGCUGGGAUCGUCAUGAAGGGGAAGUAUGUGGUCUUGCUUAUAAAUCCGAUGGUACACAACUAGCCUCUGGUGGUAAUGAUAACACAGUGAUCCUAUGGGACACUAGAAACUCUAUGCCAAUAUUUACAAAAAGAGCACACAAUGCGGCAGUCAAAGCAAUUGCAUGGUGCCCAUAUCUCCCAAAUUUGUUAGCCACAGGUGGAGGUCAAGCUGAUAAACAUAUUCAUUUUUGGAAUACUACAACAGGAAAUAAAUUAGGUUCGAUAAACACAGGUUCUCAAGUUUCAUCAUUACAUUGGGGUCAAAGUUAUUCAUCCACGGAUGGUUCAAAUUCUACAAUGCAUAGAGAAAUUGUAGCAACAGGUGGUAAUCCAAGUAAUGCAAUCUCUGUAUUUGAUUAUGAUACCAAAUAUAAAGUGGCAGAGAUUCCUCAUGCACAUGAAACAAGGAUUUGUGGAUCACAAUUGUCACCAGAUGGUACCACACUGGCUACAGUUGGUGGUGAUGAGAACCUUAAAUUUUUUAAAGUCUUUGACCCUCGCCGUACGAAUCGUCGCCGUCAAAAGACAACAUUGGGACCUUUACCCCCACAUGAACACCAGGAACUCGACCCAUUGACCUCUCAGGCUAGGACUGACUACAUAAUAAGAUAA